AUGUCCCAAACUGGACCGUUUCAACGUGUUAACACGGUUUCAGCACCUUUAAAAGGCUCUUUUCCUUUAGAUCAUGAAGGAACCUGCAAACUAGAAAUGCUUAAAUACAUGUGUUGCUUACAUGAGAACGAUCAGAAGAAUAGUGAAUGUAGAGGGUUAGCGAAAGCUUAUUUUCAAUGUCGUAUGGAUAAUAACUUGAUGGAUCAAGAGGAUUUCGACAAGUUAGGAUAUAAAAAUGAUAAAACGGUAGUUCGUUGA